AAACCCAUUGACAAUGACGCCGAGGGGGUGUGGAGUCCGGACAUCGAGCAGAGCUUCCAGGAAGCGCUAGCCAUCUACCCACCAUGUGGUCGGCGGAAGAUUAUCUUGUCAGACGAAGGCAAGAUGUACGGCCGAAAUGAGUUGAUUGCCCGCUAUAUUAAGCUGAGAACAGGGAAAACACGCACAAGGAAACAGGUAUCUAGUCACAUCCAGGUCCUGGCAAGGCGGAAAGCUAGAGAGAUCCAAGCCAAGCUCAAGGAUCAGGCAGCUAAAGAUAAAGCCAUGCAGAGUAUGGCUACAAUGUCAUCUGCCCAGAUUAUCUCUGCAACUGCCUUCCAUAGUAAAAUGGCCUUGCCUGGUCUCCCACGACCAGCCUACCCUGCUGUUUCUGGGUUUUGGCAAGGAGCCUUGACAGGCCAAGCUGGAUCUUCCCAAGAUGUGAAACCUUUUUCUCAACAACCUUAUGCUGUACAGCCUCCACUUCCAUUACCAGGGUUUGAGUCUCCUACCGGCCUCUCGCCUUCCCCAUCAGCACCAGCUUGGCAGGGACGAAGAGUUGCUAGCUCCAAACUUUGGAUGUUAGAAUUCUCUGCUUUCUUGGAACAACAACAAGACCAAGACACGUAUAACAAACACCUGUUUGUGCACAUUGGGCAGUCAAGCCCCAGCUACAAUGACCCCUACCUCGAGGCAGUGGAUAUCCGGCAGAUCUAUGACAAGUUUCCUGAGAAAAAAGGGGGCCUGAAGGAGCUCUUUGAAAGGGGGCCAGCUAAUGCCUUCUUCCUUGUCAAAUUCUGGGCUGAUUUGAAUACCAAUAUUGAAGAUGAAUCUAGGUCUUUCUAUGGUGUUUCCAGCCAAUAUGAGAGCCCAGAAAACAUGGUCAUUACCUGUUCCACCAAAGUGUGUUCCUUUGGAAAGCAGGUGGUAGAGAAAGUAGAGACAGAGUAUGCACGCUAUGAAAAUGGACACUAUUCCUAUCGCAUUCACCGUUCCCCUCUCUGCGAAUACAUGAUAAACUUCAUUCAUAAACUCAAGCACCUUCCUGAGAAGUAUAUGAUGAACAGUGUGCUGGAGAACUUUACCAUCUUACAGCUCAGCGCCUAAUUGAACUUAGUAUCUCUUGUGUGUAUUGCACUUCAAGACCAUUUAUGGAGCUCUAGAGAUAGUAACUCAAGCAGAGAAACAGCAAAAGAAUUUGAGAGACCUCAGUAAGAGAGGAAAAAGAAAAAUAGAGGGAGAUUUCAUGAGGCAGAGAGAUAAAUGAAGGAGAAUGAUGAAAAAGACACUGAAGGAAAUGCUUAUUCCAACACUAAACAAAUGUUGAGAUCCUUUCUGUGCCCUGGCCCUUUUUGCAAGAUAAAAAUACUGCAAGAGCACUGUUGAGUGGCUAUAAAACAUUUUUAUGGGAAGAGUUCUUCACUGACCAGAUUGGGACAGGGUGGGGGGUGGAGAAUUAGUUUCCUCAGGACCAUCCUGGACCUAGAAGGAAUCUAGAGGCAUGUAAAGAAAGGGGCAUGUUGUGGGGAAGCUCUGUGACACCUGCAUGAAUCACUGCAGCCUCUAGGUAAGGCAGUACUACAAGGCUGCAGCAACUAGAUUUGCAUUAGUGUUUUGUUAUACCAGGAGCCUUUCCACACUCAGAUGCAGCCUAAAUUUGGGAAGAGGGCAGGCAGCUUAAAACAUAGAUUUUUCUAGUGGACUGAAUUCUGUGUUUGCCUCUAUAAGAGACAUCACAGAUCUUCACCCAGAGAAUCUGAGGCUGGGUGAAUAGAAGAGAUGAUAGUGACUGAAUGGAAAUCAAGUGGUCUUCAUUACAUUCUCUGAAGAUCUUGGAGAACCUCAGGCGACUCAUUUCACUGCUCUGUGGCUCAGAUACAUCAGCUAUAUAACACAAGGUUAAUAAUAUACCUCACAGGGCUUUAGGAAGUUUAUUCUUUCAUGUUUGUACAAAGAUUUUAAACAUCUGGGAGAAAGGAGGAGUAUGAAUGCUGAGAGUUCUUUUAGAUGAACAAAAGCAUGAAGCGGGCAGGGACAGAGAUAGGGAAGGUCUGUGUGUGCUGUAAUCCAUACUGAGGAACACUGUGACUGCUCUCUGUGAGUUAUAUUCCUCAGUCAGGCCAGCACUUCCUAUAAAUUCUAUCAAAAAGCUGUCACAUAGUUACACUUCCUCUGGGCCUUUGUGUUUUGAGUAAUCUCAUGUCCUUCCCUUACCUUUUGUCACAGAGAAGCAUGUCUCAUGUGGGUGCUGGCACGGCCUUUUGUACAUUGCCUUGCAGUCCUGCUCCCUGAGCAGCAGGCUGAGCAUUUUCCACUCCCUACGGGGAAGAUGAAAAAUGCAUAAUGUAAGGCAUGUUGCUAGUCCUCAGUCCCGACUACCAACUUCUGAGGCAAGUCUAAUUAUAUUUUUUCUAGACCCUUUCGUGAGCUUAGAAACCCCUAAUCCUAUAAGCAUGAUUUAUCUUGCUUUGCACAUUGCUUUGGAUCUAGUACUCUGAGGUUUCAGUGCCCAUUUUUCAGAAAAGGGUCUGGUGCCUUACAACAUCUCGAUGUGUAUAACUCAUCACAGCCUGCAGAAUAAAGGAGUUUAACUGCAAACCCGAUCAUGAAGUAAGAAAACAGAAUAGACCAAAAUCAGCCUGCUAAAAUUAAUAAGCAAGUUUGACAACAGUUAUUUUCUUUCUGUUUUCACAAGAAAAAUUGGGCUUUGGUACAGUUCAAGCCUCCAGCUGGAGUUGAGUUGGUGCUAUUGCUGACGAAAAUCUAUCUCCUCCAGCAGGAGAGAACUUUAACACAAACUCAGGCGACAAGAAUGUGCAAAGUUGUGCAGUGUCAGAGGGAGAGGGAAGCUGAGCGAAGAGCUCUGGGUGCAAUAUUUCGCUCGUCCCUGCCACAUAGUGCAUGCUUCUGAAACAUAUGGACAACACUGCUCCUUCACCAUGUUCCUGACACUGAUUCAUGUUGUAGAGUAGCUAAGGUUCCUGAGGGACCAUAGAAAGAGAAAUUGGAAAGAAGGAGCUUCUGUAAGAAUGCAUAAAUGUAGCAGCCAUCCUUCUCCAGACAUCUGCAGUGUAUGAAGAAGGAUAGCUGCUACAUUCAUGCAUUCUUACAGAAUGUGUAAUGGAGUCAGACCUAUAAGUCUCCUGUAAAAUGAGGUAUACUCUGUAAUCCUCGUGGUCUGUGUCUACAGGAGGAGAUGGAGGGAAAGAACUGUUUGUGGUUGUGGUAUAUCAGUAUCCAUGUGAGCAGGACUGGAUGUGCCACAGAGGGGGCCUCUCUAUAACCAACAAACAGCAAUAAGAACUUUUUUGUGAAACACUUUCCCUCUGCUGAAAUCUGCAACGCCAGGGCAUGGGGAGUAGAGGGCCUAAUGGACCUGCUUCCACUUAUGUGGUCACUGCUGGGUCACAGUGGGCUUCUCUCCACAGUGGACUCUGCUCACCUCCCUGUCUCUUCACUGCAUUGUAUUCUGAUACUGUGAAAGUGCUUUGCUUUGGUGUGGGGGCACACAGACUGGGCACUGUGGUGGCCAAGCUGCAUAUCAAUCCUGUGCUUCUCUGUUCUUUGUCUAUUACUGACUUUUUGCUUUAGGUUAAAUGUAUUGGAAUAUGUAAGCAGAGAAACAGCAGUUGCCA